UGGAAGCAUGGGAAAAACAAUGUCCCCAGAGAGAAGGAUUUUGAAGGUUUGUAUGCUGGUCUUUGAAAAAAUAAAUUUGAAGAAGGCAAGAGAGUUUACAGUCAUGGGGAAAGGCAUACUCUGGGGUAAAGGACAGGGAAGAAAUACAUUUUUUUUUUUUUUAAAGCCGAGAGUAGUUUCGUAGUUUAAGUAAAAUAUUAAAUGAUGUGGCACAAAAAAUAUUAAGUUCUAUAAAUGCCUAAUCAUCACUCAAAAUUUAGUCUGUGAUAAUUUAGUCUUUUAAAAGAACUUUCCGAGUUAAAGUCAUUUUUCUUUUUUUUCCUAAACAAAAUAACUUCUCAGAGUAUUUCUCUAGAUUCUACCUACAAGUGCUCAUUAGCCCUUGAUGCUCUCUGGGGUGAAUUUUUUUGGUUUGGCCAAUGGUUCCUCAGCUGCCGGCACUUUCUUGUUCCUUUCAUCUAAGUAGAAACUUUGAAAGGAAAGCUCUCUCGGAUGCAAGACAAAGGCGGGGUAUAAAAUGAAAACAAAAGUAGCCUGAGUUAAAGAGGUAUUUGAAUUUACUCUCCACUCAAGACUGCUCCUCUCUGCACGCUGAAACAGAUCGGAGCCAUGACUUUGGAACACAACCAGUCAACAGAUUACUACUAUGAGGAAAAUGAAAUGAAUGGCACUCAUGACUACAGUCAGUAUGAAGUGAUUUGUAUAAAAGAGGAAGUCAGAAAAUUUGCAAAAGUUUUCUUGCCCGCCUUCUUCACAAUAGCUUUCAUCAUUGGAAUUGCAGGCAAUUCCAUAGUGGUGGCAAUUUAUGCCUAUUACAAGAAGCAGAGAACCAAAACGGAUGUGUACAUCCUGAACUUGGCAGUGGCAGAUUUACUCCUUCUAUUCACUCUGCCUUUUUGGGCAGUUAAUGCAGUUCAUGGGUGGGUUUUAGGGAGAAUCAUGUGCAAAGUCACUUCAGCCUUGUAUACAGUCAACUUUGUCUCUGGAAUGCAGUUUCUGGCUUGUAUCAGCAUAGACAGAUACUGGGCUGUAACUAAAGCCCCACGUCAACCAGGAGUGGGGAAACCAUGCUGGCUUAUCUGUUUCUGUGUCUGGAUGGCUGCCAUCUUGCUGAGUAUACCUCAGCUGGUUUUUUAUACAGUCAACCACAAGGCUAGGUGCAUUCCCAUCUUUCCAUAUCACCUAGGAACAUCAGUGAAAGCAUCAAUUCAAAUGCUGGAAAUCUGCAUUGGAUUUGUAAUACCCUUUCUUAUUAUGGGAGUGUGCUACUUUGUCACAGCAAGAACACUUAUCAGGAUGCCCAACAUUAAAAAAUCUCGUCCCCUCAAAGUUCUGCUCACAGUGGUUAUAGUUUUUAUUGUCACUCAGCUGCCUUAUAACAUUGUCCGGUUCUGCCAAGUCAUAGACAUUAUCUACUCUCUGAUCACCGACUGCAACAUGAGCAAACGCAUGGAUGUUGCCAUCCAAAUCACAGAGAGCAUUGCACUCUUUCACAGCUGCCUCAACCCAAUCCUGUAUGUUUUCAUGGGAGCCUCUUUCAAAAACUACAUUAUGAAAGUUGCUAAGAAAUACGGGUCCUGGAGAAGACAAAGACAAAAUGCGGAGGAGAUUCCUUUCGAUUCAGAUGAUCCUACAGAGCCAACCAGUACUUUCAGCAUUUAAAUGUAAGACUGCUGCCUCUUGCUUCGAUACACAUGAAUGAUGCUUCUCCCUCAGAUAAAACAUCUGCUUUAUUCUGAAACUUAAAUCUCAAAUACCCUAGUGCCAACUUAUAGCAAUCAAGAGGUGGGGGGAAGGUGGGGAGAAUAUAGCAACCAGGAAGAGGAGGAAAUGACAUAAUAAAUGCAGAAAACAUGAACUUAAAGUUAACAAUAUAGGAAAAUAGUAUUAACAGGUAUAAAUAAUAAAAACACUAUGCUAUGAAUUAGGCCAUCUGAAACAGAUUAAUAAAAAGGCUUAUAUUAAGGGGCAUUUCUAAUUAUUUUAAAAGAUCUAAAUUUUAAUGUAAGAAUGAUUUCACUGCAUAAUUUCAGUAUUUGAAUAACUAUACAACAAAAUUUAAUCCUUUUUUCUUGUUUCUUAGUUUGUAAGUGAUUUCCUAAGAUCCCAGAAAUAACAAUGUAACAAUAAAAAUAUUACAU